AUGGCCGCCCCCGUGUGGAUGGCGGCGGCGGCGGCGGCGCGAGCCGCCCCCCGGGCCUGGUUUCGGGCCUGGUCCCGAGGCGGCGGCGAUGGCUCCCGAAGGGGCUUCUCGGGGGGUCCCGGCCAGGCCGCGCCGACGUUCGGGUUCCUGCUGGACGUGGACGGGGUGCUAAUCCGGGGCCACAGGGUCAUCCCCGCGGCCUCGGCCGCCUUCCGCAGGCUGGCGGACGACCGCGGCCGGCUCCGCGUGCCCGUCGUCUUCAUCACCAACGCCGGCAACUGCCGGCAGCGGGACAAGGCCCGGGAGCUGUCCGGCCUGCUGGGAUUGGAGGUGAGCCCGGAGCAGGUGGUCCUAUCCCACAGUCCCCUCCGCCUGCUCUCACACUUCCACGAGCGGCGCGUGCUCGUGUCCGGCCAAGGCCCGGUGGUGGAGAAUGCCCGCAGCCUGGGCUUCCGGCACGUGGUGACCGUGGACGAGCUGCGCCUGGCCUUUCCCCUGCUGGACAUGGUCGACCUGGAGCGGAGGCCCAAGGUCACGCCUCCUCUGACCCAAGGCUUCCGCCCCAUUGAAGCGGUCGUCCUGUUCGGGGAGCCGGUCCGAUGGGAGACCAGCCUGCAGCUGAUCCUGGACGUCCUUCUGAGUCACGGUAGCCCCGGCACUGUGCUGGACGCCACCCCCUACCCGCACCUGCCCGUCCUGGCCUGCAAUACGGACCUCCUGUGGAUGGCCGAAGCCGGGACCCCCAGGUUUGGCCACGGCACCUUCCUCCUGUGCCUGGAGAGCGUCUAUCGCAAAGUGACGGGCCGGGAGCUGCUGUACGAGGCCCUGGCCGGCAAACCCAGCCUGCUCACCUACCGCUACGCCCAGCGCAUGAUCCAGCAGCAGGCCCGGGCCCGGGGCUGGCCCACCCCCAUCCGCUCCCUCUACGCCGUCGGGGACAACCCGAUGUCGGACGUCUACGGCGCCAACCUCUUCCACCGGUCCCUGCGGCCAGGGGCCCCGGCCCCCGGGGACGCCGACAGCUGCCAGGCCAUCCUGGUCCGCACCGGGGUGUUCGGCCACGGGGCAUCGCCGGACCAGGCGGACCCGCCGUUCCACGGGCCCCGGGACUUCCCGGAUGACCCCGGCCUGACCCGGGCGGCGCACGUGGUCCAGGACGUGGACGAGGCCGUGCGCCUGGUGUUCCGGAAGGAGGGCUGGGAGGCGGCGUGAGUGCCCGGCGUCCUCGGUCGGCGGGAGGGGACGGAGGCCGAGGCCCUGCCUCUCUGUCCGGCCUCCCUCCCGGCCUGGAGGGCGGGACCACCCAAGGGCCCCAGAUCCCGGUCCCCGCUCGGCCGACGACGAGGCCUCCGCGCCCGGGCCUCAGUUUCCCCGCCUUCUGGUGCCAGGGGGCGGGGGGCAGAGCCGCCUCUUACUAGGGAGAUGGAAGACGCCGCUCCCUACAGUUGUGCAGUGUGUAAUUAGGACUGAGAGCGCGUUUUAAUCGGUUUCUAAUUGAGCCCAGGGGAACCCAGGGCACGGUGGAAAAGCGAAAAAUUAAACGAGGAGGCAGAAAUAGGACCGAA